UCUUCAGCACUGGUGCCUGACUGCAAGGCUGACUGACUUCUUUACGUUUCCGUUACAGAUGGUGGCUCCCUAGGUGCGGCGUGGCAACCAGAGUGUGGUCAUGGCAGCCGAGGCUUACAGCCCCUCAGGAGGGGGCCUUCUGCCUUCACCAGUAGGCUCAGCCCUUGCUCACUUGAAUGACUCUGAUAAGCUGAACAGAUCCUACCCCUGGGCCAGCAAGAGCAGGAAAAGUCAGCUCUCUGAACUCUGCCGACUUAGAGCAUCUCUGUCUGGAGAGAAAUGGAGCUCUUACUGCUUGUCUUCACUGGUAGCUCAUAACAUUUGUACCAGCAAAAUCAGUAACUUGUGGGCUCGGUGGGAUUCUGCCUCUCCUUCCACUGGAAGUUCUGCUUCUUCCUCCUUUUUGCACGCCCUCACCGUGGAGGAAUCUAGCCAGCAUCUCCCAACUGUGGUGCGCAAUCCAAACAAAGCCAUCUUCACCGUGGAUGUCAACACCACAGAGAUCCUAGUGGCUAAUGACAAAGCCUGCAAGCUGCUUGGGUGCAGUAGUCAGGAACUCAUUGGUCAAAAGCUGUCCCGCUUCAUAUCCAAAUCCAGUCAAGAGGUAUGGGAAGCUGUGGGCGAGGAGUGCAUAGAAACUGGUGAAUGUUCAUUGGUGGCUUCAGGAACUGUGGUGGAUGUUAUUGGCCGUCUGAAGGAAAAGAUCCCUGUCUCGGUCUGGCUAAGGCAAAUAAGAAGCAAGGACAAGCAGUGUUGUGUGGUUGUGCUGGAACCAGUGGAAAGACUGUCAGCAUCUGUUUCCUUCAGGGUUGACGGAGAGAUUAUAUCGUGUGACCUCCUUUUUGCCCAUCUCCAUGGCUACCCAACACUGGAAGAAGUAGUUGGGCUCCACAUACAGGACCUGAUUCCUUCUGUGCAGAUCCCUCCUCUAGGCAGAAAAAUCCCAAAGAUUGCCAGGAUCCAGCGAGCCGUAGGCCGAUCCAGAGAGGGUAACCUGUUUCCUCUGAGUGUAAAGCUGCAAGUAAGCCUUCUGGAGGAGGGCCAAGCGGCAGUGCAGACAGACAGCGUUCCGCAGACAGAAGGCGGCGGCUCCUUCACAGGCUGUCAUUACUCUGCUACAGUCGUCGUUUUCUCCACCAUCAGUGGUCUUAUUACUGUCCAGUCAGAUGGAACCAUCUGUGGCAUCAAGGAUAGUUUUGCUUUAAUGCUCUUUGGCUAUGAGAAGAAAGAACUGUUGGGAAAGAACAUUACAUUCCUGAUCCCUGGUUUCUAUAACAACAUGGAGAGAAGCAGUGACUGUUCUUUGCCAUUACCUCCUCUUGAUGACUCCAUGGGGGCAGAGAGUGAGUGCGUCUUUGAAGAUGUCACUGCCUGUCAUACAACUGGCUCUGGCUGCUGGAACAAAGGCAGCAGCUUCUUGGCUGCAGGCCUACUGUCAAGAGAUGAAGAGCAGAAACUGGAAAGAAGACAUGGAGACGACAAAUUAAUACACAAAGAGACUAAACAAAAGAAUGGGACCAGUUUAUUUUCUACUCCCUCACCUCCUGAAGUGGCAUCCACACCCUCUGAUAGCGUGGCUACUGAUGGGCUGUCAGCCAACCGUAGAGAGCCUUGCCCUGAAACCUGGCUUGACAGAAUCAGAGCAGUGGAACAGUGCAGAGCAGUAGAAGCUGCAGGAUCAAAUAAUUCUCAAAAGAUGCUCUCUGCAAGGUUCUCUCCCAUGUCAUCUGAUUCAGAACACUUGGAUUUAGAUCAGAACAUGAAGAUUCCAGUAAGAAGCGGUGAGAGCACACUAUCUGGUGUGUCUGAGACUCGGAAUGCCAGUGAGACUAGAGGCUUGCCUAACCAAUUACAAGUUCAUCACCAAGACCUCAGGGAAGGAAAUUGUCAGCAGACCUGUGGGUUGCCAUGUGAAAUGCUGCAGCAUCAGCACUCCACUGAUGCCUGGAGUCAAGCUGCUUCAGUAAACGUUGCCUGCUCGCCUGUUUGUUCUAGGCAAGAAGACAGUCUGGAUACCACAUCCUAUGGCCCACUUAAGCUGCCCUCUUAUAUUACUUGUAACUCACCUGGAAUACCAGUAAUAGAUGAGCCGUGGUCUGACACGCCACCAGGCUGCAGACAAGACUUUCAAAGCCACGUGGUUACAGGACAGUUAUCAAAACCAAACUUGACAUGUGCUAUGAAACGUUCCAGUCUUGAGCAUGUCAUCGUUGAAAAGUGCCUGCUAAAUGAUUCUUCAUCUUUCUUUGCAAAUGGAGGAAAUACUAUCCAUGUUUGCUUGGGAAAUAAAAUGGGUUGCAGUGCUUCUCCACAAGGAGUUGCCACAACCUCUGAAGACGUUAAAGAAUCGGACACUGAGCUGAACCAUAUUUGCUCUGGUCUUGAGGUACUGGGUCUGAAUUUUGGUGCCAAGGGGAACUCUGACAAUUGUUUAGGUAUUCCUGCAGCUGCAGAAGAUGGUUCUGGGUGGCUGGCUUCCCGAAGGCAUUUAGAAAACUCUGAAGAAUCCAGCAAAGCAUUUCUUGAGAAGCCUGAAACUCCUGCAGAGACUGUGGGGGACAAUGUCAACAGAAACCCACUGGAAAGCAAGGGUAGUCCUGAAGAAGACUGUCAGUUGCAUGGACAGCAAAAUAUGGAGAUAAAAGUAACAUCGACCCCAGUGAAACAAGAAGGAAGGCUGAAUCCAGCAGCUUCUUUGACCUUGGAGAUUCUGGAAGGCAGCUACACUGGGAAUUGCUGUCACAGAGAUGGUUCACAAUUAAGUAUACUCUUUGAAGUGAAGCGGGUAGAACUGCAGGACCCUACCCUGCUUUUCUGCGUCUGGGUGGUGAAAGACCUUCUGCAGAGCCACAAGGAAGCUGUAGCAAGGACUCAGCUUCUGCUCUCCAGUCUGGCCAGCUCUGCCCAGUCUAUUGCAGAUCUUUCUACACAGAGCCUUGGAGAAUCCAUCAGAUCCACUUCACUUUUUGAGAAUUCCCGAAGAGCCGAAGAGCUUGAAGGAUUAAGGGCAUGUGAGGGAGAAUACGCAAAAAAUUACGACACUCUCCGUCUUAUUGGCAAAGGAUCUUUUGGCUUUGUCUGGACUGCCAGAGGCAAGGAAGAUCACCAGGAGGUUGUGGUGAAGUUCAUCUGGAAGGAGAGGGUGCUCGAGGACUGCUGGGUAGAUGAUCCUGACCUGGGGAGAGUUACUCAAGAAAUUGCAAUUCUAUUGAGGCUGGAGCACCCCAGUAUCAUUAAGGUGCUGGGUGUAUUUGAGAAUGAACACUUCUUCCAGCUGGUGAUGGAGAAGCAUGGGUCUGGUCUGGAUCUCUUUACAUUCAUUGACAGUCAGCCCAACUUGGAUGAGCCAUUAGCGAGCUAUAUAUUCAGACAGCUUGUGUCGGCCGUUGGGUAUCUCCACUGUAGAAACAUCCUUCACAGAGACAUCAAGGAUGAAAACAUCGUCAUUGCUGAAGAUUUCACAGUCAAAUUAGUGGACUUUGGUUCAGCUGCCUACCUGGAGCCUGGCAAAUUGUUUUAUACCUUCUGUGGGACGAUCGAAUACUGCUCACCAGAAGUGCUCACUGGCAAACCGUACCACGGCCCUGAGCUGGAGAUGUGGUCACUCGGCAUCACCCUCUACACCCUGGUAUUUGGGGAGAAUCCCUUCUGCGAGCUGGAGGAGACCAUGGCGGCUGUUCUGAACCCCCCCCGGACUGUGUCAGAGGGCCUCAUGAAUCUCAUUGCUGGGCUUUUGCAUCCCGUUCCAGAGCAGCGCACAACGCUGGCCAUGUUAGCAGAGGAUCACUGGCUGAGGCAGCCCGUGAACCUGGGUGGUUAUACCUGGGAGGAGGUAUACAUCCCUGCUGAGAGAGAAAGCAGCAGACUCGGAAGCGGCUCCAGUGAGCGCCCAGGUGGAGACGGGCUCCCAGCUCCUCACAGGGAGACCGAGCCGUGCCUGAACGCAGAUCCCUGCGGGGAAGCAGCAGCGGCUGGGGGAUGCCAGGGGGGGGGCCGGGGGCUUUGCUGCCCUCCCUUGCCGCAGCAUGAGCCCCUCCCUGUGGGCCCAUAGCUCCUUGGCUGGAGGACGCACGCUGCGGCGCAAG